ACAGGAGCGCGGUCACGUGGCGGCCGCAAAGCGCCGCUUUGCGACCUCGAUGACAGGCAAAGUGUGCGACAGGCGCGGGGCGGGCGCGGGGGGGGCGCCGCUGCCUUCUCCUCCUCCUCCUCCUCCUCUUCCUCCUCCUCCUCCUCCUGCUGCCGCCGCGGUGCUGGCCGGCCGCUGAGCGAGGCACCGCUGCCUUCAUCCCUCCCUCUCCUCCUCCUCCUCCUCUUCUCCUCCUCCUCCUCCCAGGCCCGGGGCCGCGGCGGGAUCCCGAGCGGCGCCCCCAUGAGCCCCUAGCCCCGAGCCCCGGGUGCGCGGAGGGAGCCGGGCAGCAGGCGGCCGCCAUGGCGUCCAACACGGACCGCGAGAUGAUCCUGGCGGACUUCCAGGCAUGUACUGGUAUAGAAAAUAUCGAUGAAGCUAUAACUUUGCUUGAACAAAAUAACUGGGAUUUAGUGGCAGCUAUAAAUGGUGUAAUACCACAAGAAAACGGCAUUCUGCAAAGUGAGUAUGGUGGAGAGACUUUACAAGGACCAGCGUACGGCCCCACAAGUCAUUCUGCAGCAGGUUCUUCAACUCCUUCCUCAUCCUCAGCAUUUCGCCACGUAGUGCCAUCUAGACAAAUAGUGGAAAGACAACCUCGAAUGCUUGACUUCAGGGUUGAGUACAGAGACAGAAAUGUGGAUGUAGUACUUGAAGACAGCUCCACAGUUGGAGAUAUCAAACGUAUUCUAGAAAAUGAACUUCAGAUUCCUGCAUCUAAAAUGCUGCUGAAAGGGUGGAAGACUGGAGAUGUAGAUGAUAGUACUGUCUUAAAAACUCUACACUUGCCAAAAAAUAAUAGUCUUUAUGUUCUAACACCUGACCUGCCUCUUCCUUCUUCAAGUCAUUCUGGGGCCUUGCAGGAGUCAUUAAAUCAAAACUUCAUGCUGCUCGUCACCCAUCGAGAAGUCCAGCGGGAGUACAACCUCAACUUCUCAGGAAGCAGUACCAUUCAGGAGGUAAAGCGGAAUGUGUAUGACCUAACUAGUAUCCCUGUCCGUCACCAGUUGUGGGAAGGCUGGCCUCCUUCUGCCACAGAUGACUCAAUGACUCUAGCUGUAUCGGGACUGACUUUUCCUUGCCAUCGACUUACAGUUGGAAGAAGAUCUUCACCUGUACAAACGAGGGAACAGUCAGAGGAGCAAUGCACUGAUGUUCAUAUGGUUAGUGACAGUGAUGGAGAUGAUUUUGAAGAUGCUACAGAGUUUGGAGUUGAUGAUGGAGAAAUGUUUGGAGUAGCAUCAUCUGCCUUGAGGAAAUCGCCAAUGAUGCCAGAAAAUGCUGAAAAUGAAGGAGAUGCCUUAUUACAAUUUACAGCAGAGUUUUCUUCAAGAUAUGGUGACUGCCAUCCUGUUUAUUUUAUUGGAUCAUUAGAGGCUGCUUUUCAAGAAGCCUUCUAUGGGAAAGCUAGAGAUAGAAAGCUUCUUGCUAUCUACCUCCACCAUGAUGAAAGCGUACUAACCAAUGUUUUCUGCUCACAAAUGCUCUGUGCUGAAUCUAUUGUCUCAUAUCUGAGUCAGAACUUCAUAACCUGGGCAUGGGACAUGACAAAAGAAGCAAACAGAGCAAGGUUUCUGACGAUGUGCACGAGGCACUUCGGGAGUGUUGUGGCCCAAACUAUUCGAACUCAGAAGACGGAUCAGUUUCCGCUUUUUCUUAUUAUUAUGGGAAAACGAUCAUCUAAUGAAGUAUUGAAUGUAAUACAAGGUAACACAACAGUGGAUGAGCUAAUGAUGAGGCUGAUGGCUGCAAUGGAGAUCUUCAGUGCUCAGCAGCAGGAAGACAUAAAGGAUGAGGAUGAACGUGAAGCCAGAGAAAAUGUGAAAAGAGAGCAGGAUGAAGCGUACCGCAUAUCACUCGAAGCUGACAGAGCGAAGAGAGAAGCACAAGAGAGAGAAAUGGCAGAGCAGUUUCGCUUGGAACAGAUUCGGAAAGAACAGGAGGAAGAACGUGAGGCUAUCAGGCUCUCUCUUGAGCAAUCUUUACCUCCAGAACCGAAAGAGGAGAGCACCGAGUCAGUCAGCAAACUGCGUAUUCGGACACCCAGUGGAGAAUUCUUUGAGCGACGUUUCCUGGCCAGCAGCAAGCUGCAGGUUGUCUUUGAUUUUGUAGCUUCCAAGGGAUAUCCUUGGGAGGAAUACAAGCUGCUGGGCACCUUUCCAAGGAGAGAUGUGACCCAGCUGGAUCCAAAUAAAUCAUUACUGGAGGUAAAACUGUAUCCUCAAGAAACCCUUUUCCUAGAGGCAAAAGAAUAGAUCAAACAAGAUUGUAGGACUAAUCAUCCUUUGACAAGCCAGAGGCACAGCAUCGAGAGGAACACAUCUAUCAACGCCAUCUUGUACUAUCAUCCAACUCAACUCAAUGUCACAACUUGGCCUCUCGCAAGAAUCCUGAAAAAAUUGAAAAAAACAUAGCUACUUAAAGUUUCACAUACAUGAGUAUAUGUUUCCAACCUCGUUUAAAUGAGCAGAGGAUAAAAUUCUGCUAUGAACACUGAACGUUAUGACUAUGUUGCUCACUUAUCAUCCAGCUUUUGUUAUAAUUAAUGCACUGUUAAAAUGUGAGUGAUUGUUAAGUAGAAUUUUUACUCCUCAAAUGCCCCUUUUUCACCAAGAAAUCUUGGACAUUUCUGCCUGUACUUUUGACACUAGAAUGCUGUAUAUUUGAUAUCUCGCUGAGCCAGUGCUCUCAUAUAUAUGCAUUUUAUUUCUGUGUUUGAAUUUCUACUUUGUCACCUAAUUUAAAAAGGCAGAAAAAAUUAACGGGACAUUCUCAGCCAUGGAAAUUUAACAGUAUUAUAGUAGAAAGCAUAUAAUUUUUGUUAGUACUUUCUGACUUCUUUGAUAAGAUGUAAGGUUUUGUUUGAAGAAUAUAGUUUGACAUAUAUGCAAGGUAUUUAUUUACUGGUUCUGCUUUGGGUCUCAGUUCUGAUUCAGUUUAGGAAGUAUUUUCCAUUACAUUGCAGUGUGUGAAACUGCUUAUUGCAUGAUGUGAAUAUUUAAAUAACAUUAGAAAUGGCCAGUACCAGAAACCUGGUAUCUCGCCAACACUUCAGGAAUCAGCUGAUAUUGAAUAUCAGCUGUUAAAAACCUUUCAAAUACCAGAUACAAAAGUUCUUUAUUUCUCAUUGUGAAAGAAAUGGCAGUUCCCAUUUUAGCGGUUUUCCUUCAUUCUGGCUCUUGUUUGUAUCCUAUUACUCUGCUGUUUUAAAGCACCUUGUUUGUUUCGUCAAACAAUGAGUAUCUUAAAAGAUGGUGUAAUAAGAAAUCUGCCUUAUUAUUGCACACUUCGGACAUUUUAACAAUAGAUUACUGAUCCCAUCUCAAAUUAAAGAAAUCCUAGUUCUGUUGUCUGAAAUGUAUGCACCAACUACCUACUAUCUGAUGUGGAAAAAUCUGGUACUUUAAAUAUCACAACCAUAGAAAAGCAUACUGAGGCUAAGAUCUAAAGUACACUUCAUGCCAAACCUGCAUCAAAAGUGGUGGGGUUUUUUGCCCCCCUCCCCUUUUUUUUUAAACCUGGGCUUACAGGAUAGUGCACAAUAGCACUACAGAAUCAUCAUCUGCUAAUCAAACUUUCUUUUGUAGCGCCUGGCAUAUUGUUUUCCACAUGUUUAUAUGUUGUAAUUCACAGUGCUUAUCGUAACAAAAUGAGUUCUGAUUUGAAAAUUUUCUACUAAGCAAAAAGCAACUGCACACAUCUUUUAGUCUUUAUUUUUUUCUUUGUAAGGAUGGUGAUAUAAAUUUCAAUGUAUACCUAUUAUUAGGGUGUUAGUGAAGCUGAUAUAUUGUUACCUUUACCAAAAAUGCAAAUUUCUGAGCAGGGGAAAGCCUUAUUCUACCUUUUGUAAUUCUGUAAUUAGUGAGUGCUACAUCAGACACUUUUAGAAGUGAAGUAUCUAUGACAAACAAAAGGCUUGGAAGUGUAAGCAAAUCCUAAUCAUUUGCAGCUCACAAAUAAAAGAAUUCAUAGCCAAUACAACGAUAAAUGUAUGCGUAAUGGAAACCUGAAUGCAGGUGCUUCGUUCUCAACUUUUGUUUUCUUAUUAAAAAGAUCUACUAUGUUUAUUAAAUACGAAAUUAACAUA